GCAUCAUCACCUUGUUGUGUCCCGUGGACUCUUUGAGGAUUAUAUCGAGUGAUAUUUCGAGUCGAGAUAAGUGAUAGUGACAAAAGCAAAAUAUUGAACAAGUGCGCCGUGGUGAAUAGUUUAAAACGCACACUCAAGUGAAAUUUGUGGCACUAGCAUACAAGGAAUACGUUCACCAUGCAGUCUCCAGUCAGCUCCCCAGAACUGAUGGAUCCCCGAUACAACCACUUGCGGAUUCCGGCUUCAUCAAGUCGAAUCUUAUACGAUGUGCCCUGCAAAGUAUGCCGCGAUCACAGUUCCGGCAAGCACUACGGAAUCUACGCUUGCGAUGGAUGCGCCGGUUUCUUCAAGCGAUCAAUUCGCCGCAGUCGGCAGUAUGUGUGCAAGUCCAAAUCCGAGACGCCCUGCAUGGUCGACAAGACCCACCGCAAUCAAUGCCGGGCGUGUCGGUUGAAAAAGUGCUUCGAAGUUGGCAUGAACAAAGACGCCGUUCAGCACGAACGUGGACCGCGGAGUUCAACGCUGCGCAAACAAAUGGCCAUGUUUAUCGCCAAAGACACUCCCUUGCGUCAUGACCUAAUGAUUCCACCACCGCUCCCGAUGUCUCAGCAAUCGAUGGGACUGGACCUGUCAAUGCAGCGAAGUGCCUUCUUCAGCCCACAGUCCAUGGUACAUCCGACGCUCUUCCCAGCCAUGCAGUCACCCCAUCCUUUAAUCGCUGCUGACGCUGUCCGGGAAUCGGCCGCCCAGCUGCUCUUCAUGAAUGUGAACUUCCUGAAAAAUCUCGUUCCCUUCACCAAACUCCCUCUGGACGACCAACUAGUCCUCUUCGAAGAAUCCUGGCGCGAAUUUUUCAUCCUUGCCGUCGCCCAAUACCUGCAGCCCAUCAACUUCAACCACCUCCUUGUCGCCUACGAAUAUCUUAACACCAAUCGUGGCGAACCGGUCCCUGAGUGCAUCAUCCGCGAAGUCGAAAUCUUCCAGGAAAUCCUAGCUCAAAUCGUAGCCCUACGGGUCGAUAUUAACGAGUUCGUCUACCUACGAGCCGUAGUUCUGUACAAAACGGAAUUCGACCCCGAAAGCAGCAUCUCCAGCAGCAGUAGCGACGGCUCUGACAUCAUCUCAUCCACGUCAAAAUCGAUUCAGGAAGUGUCCACCGUACGCGCCCUCGAAGACGGAGCCAAGGACGCUCUCGCCUCUUACAUUCGAACUUGCAGACCAGGACCUAUUGACCGGUACCGCGCGCUACUCCAGCUGCUCCCGGCUCUUCGAAACGUCUCAACCUAUACCAUCGAGGAACUGUUCUUCCGACGGAACAUCGGACCGGCUCCGCUGCUCAAACUUCUGCUCGACUUCUACCGUCAGAAGUAAAAAUGGCGCGUUAAGCUGGGAUCGAUCCGUUUCUGGUAGAUGGGGUCAUCAAACUGUGAUUGGUUGUGUAAAUACGUAAGCGGCUAUCAAAAUCAAAGAAUCUAUUUAAGUGUUCAAUUAUUAUCACUAAGAGAAGAAAAAAUAUCGUUAUUCUAGCGCAAUUUAAAGUAGUUACAAAUA